GUUCUUGAGCAAGUGAACACCGAAAGGGUAAGUGAACACUCAACAUUAUUUAACUCAAGUAUACAUCACUGUACAUUGGUUGGUUAAAUAAUCACUAAUUAGCAUGCAUGAAGUGAUAUAUUUAUCACUCAUGAAACAGCAUGCAUUUUUAGUGAAAAACUUCUCGAGUACUGCAUCUGCUUAAUUCCAAAACCUUGUAGUCUCAAAACACACCAUGACCACGACGAAAAGUGAAACCCUAACCCUAGAAAACAAAGGCCACAAAACCAAAUGUCACCCAGAGGACAAAGAAGAAGUAAAUCCCUCGAAGAAGAAGGAACACCACCACCACCACCACCACCACCACCACCACCCAGUGUCAGAGUUACCACGAUCAAUCCGUUCCAAUGCUUCCAAAGCUCCUUCAGCUCCAUACAGUUUAACACUUCAGGACUCACUCGACCACUCUAUGAGUGAUGGGGACCCUCAGAUGGUGGUGGCUAGCCACUCUCACUCCUUUGUCAGUGACGGGGCCAUUAAGGUUGUCGAGGAGGAACUGAAUAAGACGAUGGCAACGACAAAGGUGGCGGUGAUGGAUGUGGAAGACGACGUUGAAGAAGAAGGGACACGUGAUGGGGUGUCCAAGAAAGAGGGUACGUGGUACAUUGUUUUGUUGGGACUAAGGAUCGCUGCUUUCGUAUUGUGCAAUGUUGCUUUUUCUGUGUUGGCUGCUGAUCAAAAAAAGAAAGUGCGUACAACAUUCACAAGCUGGUACGAUUAUUAUGUGGAAUCAUCGUCUCAAGAUCAAGUACACUGGUAUGACUUCCGGGAAUUCAAAUACUGCUUGUCAGUUAAUGUGAUUGGUUUUGUAUAUUCUGGAUUGCAAAUAUGCGAUCUGUUGAAGUACUUGUACACUAAAAGACACACAGUGGAUCCCAAACUUCGGGGUUACUUCAAUUUUGCUAUGGAUCAGGUAAUGGCAUAUCUUCUGAUGUCAGCAUCAUCAUCAGCUGCCACUAUAGCUUAUUAUUGGGCAAAAAGUACGGAUACAAACAAGUACGUGGAAAUGGCGAAUGCAUCUGUUGCUCUCUCUUUUGUUGCUUUUGUGGCCUUUGCCUGCUCCUCUAUUGUUUCUGCUUUCAUUUUUUGUAGAUUCAACUAGUUCAUACAACACUCUUGGUCUAUGUACUAAUUGAAGGAGUUUACUGUAGUUUUUCUGUUUUGAAUAAUAUCUUGGUUUACUGAUAAGUUCUGUCUUUAGGGAUAUUUAUCUGGAUUUGAAUUAUUGGUUGUUUUCUCAUUUC